AGCACUUUCGGCGCAAGGCCAAGGCUGAGCCAAGCAGUGCGGUAUCCGUGGCCCAACGCCAGACCGUCACUCCGGCAGGGAUGAGCAAGCUCAACAUCGACAACCUCAAGAAGGGCAUCGGCGAGAUCCUCGACGGCGCGAAGGCGAAGCCCCGCAAGUUCCUCGAGACGGUGGAGCUGCAGAUCGGCCUCAAGGACUACGACACGACCAGGGACAAGCGUUUCGCCGGCACCAUCAAGCUCCAGCACGUCCCCCGCCCGCGCAUGAAGAUCUGCGUCCUGGGCGACGCGGUGCACUGCGAGCAGGCUCAGCGUGCGGGCAUCCCGUUCAAGAGCGUCGAUGACUUGAAGAAGCUGAACAAGAACAAGAAGCUCGUCAAGAAGCUGGCGCAGUCCUUCGACGGCUUCCUGGCUUCGCAGGUGCUGAUCCCGCAGAUCCCCAGGUUGCUCGGCCCCGGCCUGAACAAGGCCGGCAAGUUCCCGACCCUGGUGCAGCACACGGACGUUCUCGAGAACAAGGUGACCGACAUGAAGAGCCAGGUGAAGUUCCAGCUCAAGAAGGUGCUCUGCAUGGGCGUGGCCAUCGGCAACGUCAACAUGACCCCAGAGGAGCUGAGGAUGAAUUCGCUAAUGGCUAUCAAUUUCCUCGUGUCGCUGCUGAAGAAGAACUGGAACAACAUCAAGCGCCUGCACAUCAAAAGCACGAUGGGCAAGCCAUUCACGGUCUACGGCUGAGUGCGGAGAGAUCCGUCGAGCCUUCGAUGGAAAUGAACUUCCUCUAGAACCCCUCAGAUGUUCUUGGAGAUCCAGACCGAUCCGAUCCAUCAGAUUCGAUCUCGAGUCCGAUGCGGCCCGCCCCGAUUCGGUCGCCGUUCUCCGGCGGUCCGAUGCGGCCCGAUGCCUGCAUGGCGCUGCGGUGUGCAUCCUGGCGCGGUCGAUCCGAGCCAGUUUCGACCUCGGUGCCCCUGUGUGCAGCCCGGUCCGACGCGCCUUCCAGCUCGACCCGAGCUCCCGAUGCGGUGUCGGCUGCUCCUGUCCCGUCCGCCCUUUCGCUCUUUCCCGCCCGACCCUCAUCGAGGGAGGCAGCACGGGGGCCAUGACCAAAGUGUCGCGGGAUCUCGUCGAUGCCGAUCUUGGUCAUGGUCCGUGUCGGCCGUCGCCGAUGCGCAAAGAUGAUUUUGCGAGUUGACACUGACCAAGAUCGCGGUGGCCA